AUGGAUGGUGCUUUCAAAGAAUCAUCUGCCACUAGACGGAAACAUUUCCAUGGCAAUGUACUAAAGUCACUAGCUGAGACCUUGGAGGUGUUGACUGCAGAAACGACAACUGAGGCAAAACGAGAAGGACAUUGUCAUCCAUUUGAGAUCCCUGAUGAACCCAUAGAACAAAAUGAAAUGCUUAAAGAAGAGAUAAACAGAGAGUGGCAUUGUCGGACUCAUUCAAUGAGAGAGGAAGAGCCUGGUACAGAUGCAUCAAAGAGUGGAUUGCCAAGUUAUGAAACUGAGGAACGUUUGCCUUUUCAAAGAGUGUUGGUGGACGGAGAGGAAGCCAGUGGUGUAAGUUUAUAA